AUGACAUCACAUACUGAAGAAACACAUUUAAUUCCUUUUCCUGGUGAUGAUAUUCUUACACGACCACAACCACCGUUAUGGCGAUUAUUUCAUGGUACACAUUACAUGAUUGGUGGUCUCACUUUUAUUAGUGGAUCAUGUAUGUACUUUCC